AUUAUUUGCUUUUAGCAAAAUCUCAACAUGUCUGGAGCAGCCCUUGUCAAGAACGUUGUACACUUCCUAAAACCCAUAAGAGAGAUAGUCGUCAUGGCUCCUAUCGUUUAUUACGGUCUGUCUAAAGUCCAGGUCGUUCCUCCAAAGAAGUAAAAGAUGAAGUUUAAACCUUGGUCUCUCUCUUCUCUUCUAGGCGACUUUGGAUUCUUUGGUGAUCUAAUCGUACUUCUGGACUCAGCUUAAAUAGUUUCUAAUGCAUUAUUAAUUUAUUAUGUCACGUAGUGUUCACUCAUAGACUUUAGUUCGUUGCUUGUGAGGAUGUUUUGGCUUCAUUUUCGGAGAUGAGUUUGGUUUAUAUAAUUGUGUAUAGUUAAAGGUACUACUUUGAAUAAAACUUUGUGGUAACAACCGUCGUUUUAUUCAUAGAGAACUUGUCAAAACAAAUUCAAUAUGCUACAGAUUUCAUGAAAAAAUUCGUUUUUUGGACGGACCAAAUUGUGAAGUUCAGUCAAACUUGUGUGCUUUCAUAAUUAUAAGAACUGACGGGUAAAUUACUCCAAUUAUGAUAUCCGUCGCAUGAAUUGAUAUCCUUUCGCUGUUAAAAUAAAGUCAUAUUCGAUAAUUUAAUUACAUCUGAUAAGAAUUUCAAAUAUUCUAUAACCCUGUGUGAAAGUUACAAUCAAUUCAAAAUUGAGAUGACAGCAACUAAAAUUAUAAAAAAAAUAAUUUAUACGAUUAGAAGACUGUUGACGCAUAUAAUUAUAAACAAAGUUUAAAGUUAAAUUGUGUGAUGUUACAAGUUUAUUACUAGUUCAUGAUUUAGGACGGUGUUUGGUCCCGCCCUCGUGUCCAUGUAAAUGUUAGUCAUGUCAUUCGCCCUCGUGUCCACCCUUUUAAGAAUGUUCCGCUGUUGUGCCUACCCGGUAGUCAGACUACCGCUCUCGUGUCCCUCCGCUCUUGUGUCCACCUUGUUUUGGAAAGUUCCGCCCUAGUGUCCUCUAUUCCCUGUAAUCUGAUUAAAGUAUUUAUCCCCAUAUUAUAACAUAUAUUUAUCAGUCCCUCCUCAGCCUCUCCUUAUCUUGUAGUUUUACUGUUAAGUUCUAGGUUAUUACGAGUUUUAACUUACAAUCUACACCUAAAUACACGUUUUAAGCAUCUUAAUUCCUUGAAUAUAUUGAUGUACCGUGUGUGGUAUCUUGUCAUAUCUUGAUUUAUUAAUAAGUACUUUAUUUGGAAUCUUGCGAUCGACAUGACAGUUUAGAAGCUACUUGCCAAUAAAUAUUUUUCGAAAGUUUUUGUAUAAUGUCUUUGCAGUAGAUCACACGUAGUCAGUAAUUCACCCAGUAUGUACAGCCCAUGAUUUAACAUAAACUGUAACAACUGAAGUUAACCGUUAGUAAACUAAGUAUUCAAAGUAUUUGAGUACUUAACCUUAGGAGUGAGUAGGUAUCCCUCCUUUAAUUCCUCUCAAAUUACUAUGAGCGGAAAUGUAAUCAAACUUCUUUAGCUUGAAUAUUGAAUUGUGUUUCCAGAAUGUAAACUCUGACCCAGUAAAUGUCCUAAAUUCGAUUUACAUGGCUUGUUCAGAAUGCUGUUUAAAAAACGAGUAAGUUCUCCCUCUGCCUUUUGUUGUUUUGUGUCCUUAGCUAGGCUGGUGAAUCUUAACUUAUAAUUGAUGCCUGAAUAGUGAAUGCUGGCUUGAAAAAAUUCAGUAGUCUCUCGAGCAUUUUAUAAUGCAAAUUAUCAAUAAAAGUUUGUUAUCUUGUCAACACAUAAAAUCAAUAUACUAAAUUAAAAAAACAAAAAUUGCCGAUUUAGAAACCGAUCAAACCCUCAACUAAAUUAAAAAGUAAAAUCCAAAUCACAUAUUAUAACACACAAAUUAUCAAAAUCUCCGGGCCUUAACCAGUAACUGUUCAGCAAGUAAAACACGUAGCAUAGAGCUGUAGUAGCAGCAACACCCCGCCAUGUUGUCGUGUGCUUCCGGCCUAUUCCGACAAGUGGCCUGCCGACCAGUGCCGCUCUACUCCCUCAGCCGUGCCUCCUCUCUUACCUCCUCUUUAACCUCAUCUAAACCUCAUCUAACCUCACCCUCCUCACCAUCCUACACGCAGUCCCGGAGCUUGUCCUUGUCUUCUGUUUUCAGCCCGGAGAAGAGUGUGGCUCCUGCUGGCUUUACCAACAGAUAUGCUAUGAUUAUACCGGCUUUUCUCACCCACAUUUGUAUCGGAGCUCCUUACGCCUGGUCUGCAAUGAGUGGACCCUUAACACGUGACUUUGGUUUUGUGUGCUCGUCCGCUGAAGACUGGUCCAUGACCUCCGCUGUGGUCCCCAUGUCCAUCCUCUUCGCAUUCCAUGGUUUCUCCGCGGCGCUAGCUGGUAAAUGGCAGAUGAAGGUAGGGCCCCGAGCUGCAGUUGCAGCAGCUGCAGUAGCGUUUGGUGGUGGCUUCCUGUUAUCAGCUGCUGGGGUGGCGACGCACAAUAUUGCGCUCGUUUACCUGGGAUACGGUGUUUUAGGAGGUAUUGGGCUGGGCUUGUCUUACACGCCUCCUAUACAGACCGUUAUAGAGUGGUUCCCGGACAAGAAAGGACUAGCAUCAGGACUCUGUAUUAUGGGGUUCGGGUCUGGGGCUCUCUUGUUUGCUCCGGUUGCUAAUGUACUCUUGGAGAAAUUCAGUUCCCUACCUACGUACCUUGGAGCAGCAGUGGAGACUAUAACAGAGAAUGGGCGAUUGUUUGCGGAGUCCGGGGGUAAGAUGGUGGAGGUGGUGUACGCUAAUGCUGCUGAUCUUGCUAAGCUCUCUACACAAGGACUGCAGGAGGGAUUCUACGUUGUUGGAUCCGGAGACACCGGAGCGGCCAUGACGCUGGCGACAAUGGGAGUAGGAUACACUUUAGCCAUGAUGGGAUCCGCUCUAGCUAUCAAGAAACCCCACCCCACCUACAAGAUAACAGGAAGCUCUUCUGCCACGCCCACCCAGUCCCUGCAGAACGUGCAUACUGACGACAUGUUUAAGAUGCCUCAGUUCAUCGCCCUUGGAUCAGCGCUCGUAGUGACCGCUUCAGGUGGUUUGGCGCUGUUGGGAUCAGCAAAGCCGCUUAUGUCGGAGGUAUUCAGUGGAACACUCCCCACCAUCGUGACUGCAGCCUUCGCUUCCUCCUUUAUUCUUAUGCUGAGUGUAGGAAACCUGGGGGGUCGUCUAGCCUGGGCUGCCAUCUCCGACAAGAUCGGACGUCCCGCUACCUUCCACAUCUUCAUGUUUGGUAGUAUCGCUAUCUACGCCGCCUUGCCCACUAUCAUCCGGCAAGUUGUGGAGUACCAGUCAGCCGCCUCUUUAGCCGCUUUCUGUGGCCUCAGUGUGGCGGCUAUCUCAAUGUUUGGGGGCAUGUAUGCUAUACUUCCGGCUUAUGAGAGUGACUUGUUUGGCUCAAAGUACGUGGGCGCUAACCAUGGUAAAAUGCUUCUGUUUAGCAGUACAGCCGCUAUUGCUGGACCUUCAGCUUUCCUCUACUUGAAGGCUAUCUCUGAGAAGGCAGCUAUAACCGAUCUCCUAAGUAAAAUAGACCCAGCUGCGUUCCUAGAAAAGUUUGGUUCAGACGUGAGUGCAGUAGAUGCUCUGAUAGAAGCCAAGACAGUUACAAUAGCUAAACUGAUGGAGAUAGCUCCUGCUGGGGUAAUGGAUCCAACACCCUUCCUGUACGAUACUUCCUUCUACUCCAUCGCUGCUGCUAUUGGUAUUGGAGCACUGGUACAUUGUAUGAUAAAACCAGUCGACCCAAAGUGGUACGAAAAAGUGGAAAAGUUGGAAAAGUAGUUCUAAGAGCUGUUUUUAAUUUAAAAGGCUACCCUUUUAUAGCUAGGCUAUUGAUGAUGUGUGGCACUGUGAUGUGCGGUACUGAGUCGCUGAUGUAGAGAGUGGAGGAGAAUGUAUUAUUUAGAGUUCAGACAGAAUAUGUUAAUAAGUACUGGGUGAUAUUAUAAAGAAUGAGUGGUUUUUAAUUUUUGUUAUUUGCAUGUUUUUUCUGCUUUUAUGCUAUAAAGGUUUCUGUUGAGAGUAUUAUUAAUUAUGCCGUUUACGUUUGCGUGUGAUUCCUGAAAUUUUCCUGAUUUUACUACUGCUAUAACUUAUGAUAAAGAGAUGACUGUUAUUUAUGAGACUUAUUAGGUAUUUAAAACUAACUAGACUGCAUUAAACCAUUUUUAUUACUGCUAGCAUGCUAACCUGCAUGUAUUCUGUAAACUGGCAGGUCGUAACACGAUUUGAUUUUUAAAGAGACAUUUAGUUUUAUUGAACAAUUUUUAUUAAAAACGAAUUUUAUCUGAUAAAUCGAAUUUAUUUGUAGUACUAAAAAUUAAUUUGAUCAUACCGAAAA